AUGGUUAAUAUUGAAACAACUUCCAAUGCCAUCUGGUGGAUUAAAAAUCCCAACGCACCAAAAGUGGGCGACGCCAGUCAUGGGGGUGUGCGCGGAGCAGGCAGGGGCGAUGGUCGCAAGUCAUCGAUUGGGUCGAUCUUUUGUCUGGAUAUGGCUGCAUUACUGCGCAAUAUAUCCUUGCAGGGCUACAACAAACUAUUGGCACCGGAAUUGACAUUUGUGGAGAGAUUAAUUUGGCUGCUGGUGCACGCGACCACGUUCGUGGCAAUGCUGUCGGUGCUUUUGCUCACCUGGGAGCAAUUUAUCGCACAAUACUUUGUCAUCAAUCUGAAGGAUUCGCUUUAUCCUGUUGAAAAAGUGCCAUUUCCUGCUGUGUCAAUAUGCUCCAACAAUCGCAUCUCCCUGCAGGCAGUCACCAAAUAUGCCCUCGAGCUCCAGCAUAGUGAUCCUGUACCACAUAGUUUAAAGUACUACUUGGACAAACUGAGGUAUCUACGCAAAUUGUACGUGUCUAAUGAAAUGGACGUCGAUGCCGAGGAUUUGGUUAACUUUCAAGCAUUUCUGGACAUAUUCGGCACCUGGGACAACGAAACUUUCUUCAGCACACGACGUAUUAUGAAUAUGCUGGCGCCUAAGUGCGAUGAAUUUAUAUUGAAAUGUAGUUUGUCUAACGUGGAUAUACCUUGUUUUAGCGAUAUAGGUUUUCAGAGUAGACUGACUGACUAUGGACCCUGUUGCACUUUUAAUACAAAGAACAGACUUAAGAGCCGCGAUUAUAAGAAUCGGUUUGCCAACCCAGAACUGGGCCUUACAGUGUUCCUCAACGCGAGUCAUGCCGAUUAUUUUACGCCAGUUUUGAGAACAGAAGGUUAUAUUGUCAUUAUACAUAAUGCCGAUAAUUUUGCAGCGAUAUCUUCGUCGAAUGCCUUGGAAUUGUUUCCAGGAGAAAUGGAUGAGAGUUAUGUGAGGAUCUUUGCACGUGUCAUCGAUACCGAUCCUAGUUUGAGCUCCUUUUCACCAGAAGGUCGCCGAUGCUAUUUCCCGGAUGAGGCAAAUUUGCCGAAUGUGGGAACGGUUUAUUCAUUUCCCAAUUGUAUUACCAGAUGUCGCAUACGCAGUAUUAUUGCCUUGUGUAAUUGUCUGCCCUUUCAACUGCCUUUGGAUUUAGUUGAGAGUUUGGAAGGCGUCGUUUAUUGCACUCUCAUCCAUGCCACGUGUAUCGCUCAGUACGCAUUCAAGUGGAAUAAUGUGCUAACUGAGCGGGUUCGGAUGACGGGUCUGGAGCGUGAAAUCGAGGAGGCACUGUAUUGCCCACAGUGUCUACCCUCAUGCUAUGAUGUGCAGUACCGUGUGUCCUUAUCCGCUUUACCCCUGGACAACUUUCUGGCAUCACUAAAGCCUGAGGAUAAUUCAACCCAAUUGAGCUCUAAAAUAUCCAUAUUAAGAGUUUUCUUUGGCAAGCCAAAUGCCGAUUUUUAUAUUCGAUUGAUGAACAAUGAGUGGUUUGAGAUAUUCAGCACGAUCGGAAAUAUUUUAUCAGUCUUUAUGGGAUUUUCAUUGGUGGCCAUUUUCGAGACACUCUUCUUUUUCUGCAAGUACAUCUAUAUGAGUUUCUAUCGAAUCAUGCAUAUCAGCAAAGCUAAUCAGAAAGCUAAAAAGUUGGAUGCACGUAAGUUACAUAUAUGUCCAUAA